AUGGUGCGCGGCACGGCUGAACACACCUCACAGGCACCAAACGCCAUCGUGAGCGGCAAAAGACCUCCUGUCACAAACUCUUCUGCUACCCGUCGUGCCGGCCCCGCAUCGCUCGGGAACGCAGCCGCCGCCGAUGCUGGUUUGGGCCCAGCCAGAUCGAUUGCCGCGUCGGUGCGAACCUCUGCCCGCAUCGUGCCCGUCUCGCGGGACGCGUGCUGGCUCCUCCGCCUCUGGCCCUCACCGCCAACGCCAACGCCAUGGCCACCCAGAGGCUGCCGUCGACGAGCUUUUCCCGCAUCGCACACAAGGUCAUGCGCACCCAUGAGAGGAGAUGGUCGUGCCGAUGAAGCCAGCAUCCGAGCUGACUCUCCGCAGGUGCUCGUGCCGCAGUACGGACGUGGCCAUGACCCCCAUCACCGCCGCCACCGUCUGACCCGUCACUCGCAGUCUGGCGCUCCGGUUCCGCGAGGCCGCCUUGUUCGUACCGUGACGGAGGCAAAGACGGCCAUCGAUGAGUUCGGACCUGGCUGUCGCAUCACGCCGCAGCUUCUGCCUCGAGCCCGAGUGUAUGGUCGGCUCGGAGGGGGUGGCCGAUGCGCCGGCCAGGUCGUCUGUGGCCCCGAGCACGGCCAGCUCGUCGCGUCCGAGAUGCUUGGCCAAGGAGGGCGCGGGCGACAAGAUGGCCUCGUCGUCGGCGAGCUCUACGUCACGCAGUCGGUCGAGGCCGCGUCGGAAUGGUAUCUCGCCAUGGCCAUCGACAGGGAAAGCUGCUCUCCGACCAUUGCCAUCUCCAAGAAGGGUGGCCGUGACAUCGACGUCAUCGCCCGGGACCAUCCACCGACCCUCUUUGCUUUUCCCUUCCAGCUAUCCCGAGGGCUGACGGCCGAGGUGCUUUCGAGCAUCGCGUCGGAGCUUUCGCUCUCAUCGCGGGAGAGGCGGCAUCUCGAGCGGAUCCUCCAAGCCAUGCACGGCAUCUUUUCGCGACGGGACGCCACGCUGCUCGAGAUCAACCCCCUCGUGCGCACCGCCGACGAGCGCUUCCUCUGCGUCGACACCAAUUUCACCUUUGACGGCGCCGCCGCCGGACGGCAGGCGGAACUCUCGGCGCUGCGCGACGGGAGCCAGGAGGUGGCCGACGAGCUCGAGGCCGAGCGGCACGGGCUCGUCUACGUCAAGAUGGACGGCAACAUCGGCACCGUGGUGAACGGGGCGGGCCUGGCGAUGGCGACCAACGACGCCGUUGGCUUCUGCGGCGGCGCGAGCGCCAACUUUUUGGACGCCGGCGGCAAGGCGACCGAGGAGACGAUGCAGAAGGCGUUUGCCAUUGUCACGCGAGACCCGACCGUCCGGGCCAUCCUCGUCAACAUCUACGGAGGCAUCACCCGAUGCGACAUGAUAGCCGCGUCCAUCCUGGGCGCGAGCCGGCAGAUGGACAUGCGCGUGCCCAUGGUCGUGCGCCUGCAGGGCACCAACGCGGAACGCGGCCUGAAGAUGCUCGAGGCCGCCGACCUGGGAUUGCACGUCGAGUCGGACUUUGGGCGCGCAGCCCAGCUCGUCGUCGAGCUUGCGAAUGCGACGGUCGUCGAUGGCGAGAAGUGA